AUGGAGAAAUCAACCACCGUCGAUUCGAAGCUAUUGGAGCAGUUUGCAUUGCAGCGGCUUCGCGCAAUCCGCACAGCCACGCAGGACAUCCAAACGUUGAAGGAGCAGAUCAAAGCUCUGGAAAGGAAGAAGGAAAGAUCGCGACAGCACAAGAGAGAUUUCCGGCGCGAGUAA